AUGUCGAUAAAGGCAAAUUUCAGGGUGUGCGUUCAUUUCUGGGGAUUUCUACUCUCCCUACUUAUUCUGUUGCUUUGUAUAUUAUCGAAGGGAGGGAUCGCCGCAGAACAGAAAUUCUGGGAUGAGGCCUACAGAGUACUGAACCUUAGAAAACUCCCAUUGUGUAAGAAUUUGCAUUUGGGAAAUUAUUCAAUCGAUUGUAAAAUUGACCUCAAGAACAAUUUGAUAAACCUGAAGAAUUUAUUGGAAAGCGACGAAGCACAGAUUCCAUGCAAAAUAAGCAGAGAGGAAUUAAAAAAGAGGAUUGCAUAUUGUAGAUUCUUCUUCGUUUGUAAGAAAAAAGCACCUGAUGCAAUUUAUGCCUAUAUUCAUUAUUUAAGAGUUAAAUACUAUAAUAUGAUAUAUGGGUUAAAGAAGACAUUUCUAGAAUUAGCAUCUGAAAAUGAAUUACCGGAAGAUGUCCAAAAGAUAUACUGGGGACAGUGUGAAGACGAACUUUUAAAGGAAUUACAAGUAAUGGAAAAUGUCUCAGAGAAGUACUUUCAAGCCUUGAUGGAUAACAAACUUGUUUUAACAAUGCACUUUAACUGGGCCAUGGGAUCCCAUGAGACCUACUGGUAUUCGGAAAUGUUCAAGAAGGAACUUAAGUGGAGCGCGAUCCUCUCCGACUGGGCCAAUAAUUACACACCGCGCUCAGAGGAAAUAUCAACAGAAAGCCCACAAUUUAAGUCCCAAAUCGAUGAGUAA